CUCCUCUUGUCUAACAGGGAAAAUGAAUCAAAUUUAAGCGUAUGACGCUUGGGCUUAGCGGCCUAAUUCAUUUUGUACCAUUCUACUCUGGUAUAAAGUGCAUAUUUCAUCCUUCUGGUGGUGAACCUAGAGCCAAAAAUGAUCUGUUUGCUUUAUCUAUCUACAUAUCGUGAUCUCCGCCACCCGCACCCGUCUUUGUGAAACCACAUCCUCCACUCUUACCAGCCCUACUCGUACCCAUUGCUGGGUAUCGCUCUGAGGGCCACCCGCGGCACGCAGCUCCCGGCCCGCGGCAGCGCCGCCCCACACGGGCUCGGCCCGGAGGAGGCGCGGCCCGGCCCGGCCCGGCCCCGGGGCCGCCCCAGGCGCCGCCAUGGCGGGCGGAGCGCGGCGGCUCUACCGCCGCAUCCUGCGGCUGCACCGCGCCCUGCCGCCCGCCCUGCGCGACCUGGGCGACCGCUACGUCAAGGAGGAGUUCCGGAGGCACAGGGCGGCCGGGCCCGCCGAGGCCCAGCGCUUCCUGCGGGAAUGGGAGAACUAUGCAGCACUGAUCCAUCAACAAAUUAAUGAGGACAAGCAAAACUUGAGAGAAAAGGCUGUAUAUGGAAUUCAGCUCACAGAAGAAAAACUUAAUGACUUCCGUGAUGAACAGAUCGGGCAGCUGAAGGAACUGAUGGAUGAGGCUACCAAACCUAAUAAAAAAAUCACCAUUUCUAAAGACUCAGAAUACAAAACCUAAAAGAUUAAAAAUUUUAUUUUAAUGCAUAUGGAAGCAUUUUGACACUGCUUUUUCCAGUUGUACUUGAAUGUGGUUUCUAUGAGAUAAUGGAUGCUGCUGAUACUAUAACUUCUCUGAAAUGGAUGUGUUUGGCUUUUGUGCAAGAAUAAAUGGAAAAAUGGAAUAAACACAA